UCCGCCCAGUACGGCGGCUCGGGGGAGCGCGAGAGAGAGGAGAGAGAGGAGAGAGAGAGCGAGGCGGAAGCUCGUGGCCUGUGAGCUGGUGGGGGAGCGGCAGCGGCAGCGGCACGUGCUGCUGGGCCUCGUCCGUCCAGUGAGAGGAGACGCCGGGAGGGGGGGGGGUGAGAUGAGACCAGAGUUUAAUGAAAUUGCUGAGCCUGAGCUUAACUGCCUGAAAAUUACAAGGAAAAUACAUUUAUGGAACCAAAUGUUCAGGAAGCAUGCGAGACGGAUGCAGAGGAAGCGCAAAAAAUGGGCAUAUCCUUGGAAAUCACACAAGCUAGUGGGGACAUUCCUUCUCAAAUAAAGAUCGAUAAUAUGGUAUCUAGUGACUGUAGCAUGGGAACCCCCACUGAAAACAUUGCACGGUGUGAAAUGUCCACUCAGAUUAUUGAGCCUGGACAAAAUAAGAUUCCUGGCCUAACGUUUACAAGUGAUGUGUCCACCACAGACACAAACUCUUUGCAGGAAUGUACGGACCUAGCAAAGAGGAAAAUCGCUCAAACAGAUUCUCAUCAGUUGGACCACAACUUGCAAUUUACAAAUAGUCCUUCCAAUGCUGAUGACAGUACUGUAAUAGAUGCUGAAGUCUCUUCAGGAGAUUUCAAUCUGUUAACAAUGGAUACAGCAUCUCGACAACAAAGUGCUUGUAAAAAAGGAGAGCAAUCAAACACCAAUACUGAGAUUCCUUCUAGAGCGUCUUUAGAUGAACCUUGUCAUUCUGCUGGUACAACACAGGAAACCGAUUAUAACAUGGUAACAAGAUUGGAUGAGAAUAUCGAGAUUCCUUCUGUGUUGUCUGCAGAUCAGCCUUGCCUAACUACCGGUACCAUCCCGCAAAGUACUGGUAGAAAAAGGGGAAGACCCAGAAAAAUAGUCAAAGAAGAGAAAGAUGGAUUGAUAUGUAAUCAAUCAACAGAAGACUGUAAUGUCUCCUUGAACGCUAUUUCAGGUGAAACGGGUCCUCAGCCUGUGAUUCUCCCUCAGAAACGGAGAAGGAAACCUAAAUGUAUAAUAGAGAUAGGUGGGAAAACAAUUCUGAGUUGCAGCAGCACUGAAAAUGGUGGUGGGAGUGAGAUUGGAACACCUCACCCUGUGAAAAUCCCAAAGAAACAAGGAAGAAAAUCUAAACAUGCGAAGGAAAUGCAUGUUGAUGGAGUCCUGGCACAUCAUCUCUCUGCAGAAAGCACUAUCAGCGUGGAGAAUGGCAGCGACAGUCCGAUGGGAUCUCCUCAGCCUUUGAAAAUCCUAAAGAAACGGGGAAGAAAACCUAAACAGGUGAACGAAGUGCCUGUUGAUGGAGGCCUGGCACAACCUCUAUCUGCAGAGGGCACUAUUAGUACUGAGAAUGGAGGCAGCAGUCAGGUGGGAGAACCUCAGGCAGUGAAGAUCCCGAAGAAACGGGGAAGAAAACCUAAAAAUGCAGAGGUAGUGUCUGCUGAAGGAGACCAGGCACAUCAUUGUGCAGAAGGCAUUAUUAGUACUGAGAAUGGUGGUGACAUGGGGACUCCUCAACCUGUGAAGAUUCCAAAGAAAAGAGGAAGAAAACCGAAAAGUGAAAUGGUGCCAAAGGAAGAGAACACUGACACACAUGGACUAUUGAAGCCAAUUGUCCAGAGGUUGUUAGACGAAAGUGGUGCAGACGAAGAAUUAACAGCAAGCGGACGACCGAAGAGGAGAGCAGCGAGGGCUGCCUUGCUUUACCUGCAUGAAAUAGUGGCAGAAAUAAAAUCACCGACUCACCUUGUAGACGAGGUAACUGACAGUGCGAAUGCUAACAGUGAUCGUGACCAAUCCCAAGGCCAGCCCCAGUCACCUCCCAAACGAAGACAAGGAAGGAAGAGGAAAAAAUUCAGUGAUGACGAUUUUGACGACGUGUCCGAAGAUAAAGAUUUUGAGAUCGAUGGUGUAUCAGAGGAGGAUGAGGAGGAUGAAGAGGAGGAAUUUAGUGAGGCAGAUUCAUCGAGUGGUGUUUGUGAAUCUGACCUGGAGGAUCUGGACGACUCAGCUCAGAAAUUGAAAAGGAUGUCAAUAAAUAAACAAGUUCCCAGUUCAAAACCGCGCCUGUGUGGGAAUUUUGCAAAUGGCCUGCAUAAUACUAUAAUGGUUACAGUUUGGGAAUCUACCACAAUAACAAAAGAGCAUCGAGAAAAACAUCAUUCUUCGUGGGUAUUUCCAGAAUGGAUUCCUUCAUCACAGGAUUGGACUUUUCUAAGUCAAAGUGAAUCACUUCAGUAUUUGCCUGAUGAGCCAAAGUCAGCACUUUUUACAAUUAAGAGGGAGGGAAUUCAAGAGGACAGCACAACUCAAAGCCUGGGGAGAUUUCAAUCAUUACCUACUCACAAUACACGCUGGGAUAUAAGCUUCUUUGUCGGUGGUCCUGUAUGGUCUAUGGAAUGGUGUCCAACCCCAGAGGGCUCAGCUACCUGUCAGUAUGCAGCCAUUUACUGUAAUAAAAGAAUGGAUGAUCGUCAUUCACUGAAGAACUUGAAUGCAGGGCCCGCACUGCUACAGAUAUGGCAACUCGGAGACUUACAGCAGGAUAGCUGCCCUCAGAUGAAUUCUGCUUUCGCCUACGGUGUUGCUACAGACCAUGGUUGUAUCUGGGAUAUGAAGUGGUGUCCCAGUGGUGCAUGGGAGCUGCCAGAGACCACUAGAAAGAGUCCUCAGGUGGCAAGACUUGGGAUCCUGGCUGUUGCAUUUUCUACUGGAAAAAUUGUUAUCUAUAGUUUGCCUCACCCAAAACCCCUAACUAAAUACAAGAUGUUGCAAUCAAAAGGUUCAUCUGAUCAAGAACCAAUCAUAUGCAAGGUCCAAUGUAAUGCCAUUCUAGAGAUUGGAUCAGUUCAUUUUGGUGCAACUUCACAAUGUGGCCAGUGUUUUUGCCUUGACUGGAUGCCCUCCAAAGAACAUCUCCAUGUGGCUGCAGGUUUUUAUGAUGGUACGGUUGGACUCUGGAAUCUGACUACAAAGUCGUUACUAUUACGAGUUCGCCAAGCAGACAGAACUUUGAAGAUUUACCCUUUCCACUCCUUUGUUGCACAUGACCAUGCUGUUAAAGCCAUUGCCUGGAGCAAAUGCCACAGUGAUUUUUUAGUGACAGCCAGUCCUGACAGGAAGAUCAAGUUCUGGGACCUCAAGAGAACAUACCAUCCACUCAAUGUUCUCAAGCGACACCUGAACACUGAAGUUUCCUGGUUGGUGCCCUGGUGUGGAGUUAUGGUAGCCCAGGAAAAUUGCUAUUCUGCGUUUGGGCUCAGUGGGAUUCACUUUGUGGAUGCUGGCUACCUUGGGUACAAGCCAUAUUUUGCUGCUCCGAGAACAGGAAGUGUCUGGAGUGUUUCUGGCUCUGACUGGUUGAAUACCUGUGCCUCAGGAGACAAUAGUGGUGAAGUAAUAGGGGUGAUUCUUCCUGAUUGCAAGAACACCACCAUGAACGUCAAGCGGCCUAAUGAGCGGCGUUUUCCUGUUUAUAAAGCUGACAUGGUUGAACACAACUCCUGUGGUCGCACUUCAACAAGAAGGUUAGUCCAAGGAAAAGAGACACUCGACUCUUCUGAAAUAGAGAAAGACAAUGUGAACACCAGGACUGGACCGAAGACCUAUAGUGAGGCAGUGAAGCAAUACUAUCUGCAGUUUGAUGAUACAGACCUGAGAAGCUUCAAGGACUGGUUUUGCAGAGCACCUUUUCUAAGAAUGCAGGCAGUGGACAAAAACACAGAGACCUAUCUUGGCCGAAUGCCACUAGAGUCUGUUCAUAAGGUCCGUUUCAAUCCUAAUCUUGAUGCCCAUGGAUGGGUUAUCUCAGGAGGGCAGUCGGGCAUUGUUAGAGCACACUGCGUACAGAGCCUUAACACGCAUGUAAGCAGGAAGCUGAUUAAAGAGUGUCAAGCACAGUUUAAAUCCAUGUUUCAACCGAAGGAAACUGAUGUCAUGGAGAAUCCUGUUUUAUCUGUUGUCAGUCACAAUAUAGAAUUAGCAGUACAGACAGAAUGAUACACAGCAUGACUGGAGAUAUAAAGACACACUCUCAAUAUGGUUUUACCGCAAUACAAAUUCCUAGCCAACAAAUGCAGUAAUGAUACGAAUACUAAAUGGCCAUGGCACAAUAGCUGAUCAUGGUACAGGUAUGGUUCUCUGCCAAUUCCGCUGUAUACGUUUCUGAAGUUUGUUGUGGAAUAAUAUGUCUUAUUUAAAUGUGCUCCUGAAGCUCAACCUGUUGAAUUGACACAGAGUUUUCCAAAUUAAAUAAGCAACGGAAAUACUUUUUCCAUUUUUCAGUUCUAAUUAUAAAGUGUUGCUGUUAUUUUUCUUGAAAUUCAGUCACUUUUUUUCAGUUAUUUUUGAGGGGACGGGAAAUAAAGGUAAUUGAAGGUGAAUAGAAUCUAUUCAAAUAUUGUGUCUGGGCUUUAGACUUUUUUUUUAGCUGCUAUGAAAUGUUUUAUGAAACCAUCGUUAUAAAAAUCAUGAAACAUCACAAUAAUUUUUAAAACAUUUCUUUAAAAAAUUUACAUGUACUCCUUCCUUUAUGCGCUUGUUUUAUAUUUAACCUUCAGCCCUCAACAUAUAGUAGGCUCUUUCCUUAACAUUGCUUUAAAAAGUGUAAAAGCAAAAAUUUAAGUAGAGAAUGUUGUGUUAUUAGUGUCACAGCUAGAAACGGAACAUUUGAUUGGCAUGAAAUCAGGGUAUUACCCAUUGCAUCCAUUUUAUGGCCAGACACUUAAGGGAUUCAUUUUCUCAAGUAUUCAUUUGACCAAGAAAACAAUUUAAUCAGAUGCAAAUAAUGAGGCUUUG